CCCUGCCCCGCUCUGCCAUCCCCCGCACGCUCCAAUGGCAGCCACGGCGGUGACCCUGCCCACCUCGGCGCCGUCGCCCUUCCCCGUCGCCGCCUCCUCCGCCCGCCGCUGCCUCCAGCUCCUCCGCUCCCCUCCCCCCCGGCGCGCCAUCCGCGUCGCCGCCUCCGCGGCGACCGAGGCGCCGCCCAAGCCGCCGCCGGCCACGACCUCCGGCAUCAUCCUCGUCGACCCCGCCGAGGCGCAGAAGGUGCACCGCCUCAAGACCGUCUACGACACCAAGGUCGUACCCAUCAUCACCGAGGAGUUCGGCUACACCAAUGUCCACCAGGUGCCCAAGCUUGAGAAGAUUGUGGUGAACUGCGGGCUGGGGGUGGAUGCCGGGAACAACAAGGGUCUGGAGGCCGCCAUGAAGGACCUCGCCUCGAUCACCGGACAGUAUCCCGUCAAGACCAAGGCCAAGAACUCCGUCGCCAGCUUCAAGAUCCGCGAGGGCAACACAAUCGGUAUCGCCGUCACUCUCCGCGGCAGGGUGAUGUUCAACUUCUUGGAUAGGCUCAUCAACCUUGGGCUCCCUAGGACCAUGGACUUCCUAGGCGUCAACCCCAACAGCUUCGACGGGCACGGCAACUACACCAUCGGCCUCCGCGACCAGGGCGUGUUCCCGGAGAUCCCCUACGAGGUGGGCGGCAAGAAGAACGGUAUGGACGUCACCAUCGUCACCACCGCCAAGACCGACAACGAGGCGCAAAGGCUGCUUGCACUCCUCGGCAUGCCAUUCGCCGAGAACAUCAAGUCUGACCAGUUCAAGAAGAAGAGGUUGAAGCGCCACCACUUCAUGAGCAAGGGCAGGGGAAGGAAGUGAAGAUCAAGCGGCGGCGUUUGACCUUUGUUGCUUCCCACUUUGUCAAUUGAGAUCCUUUUGCAUAGUUUGGUUUAGAUAUUUGAUCAUCAUGCUGUCUCUUAUUACUUGCUGUUCAUGUUGUAUACUUACUGCCACAGAACAAAUGGAAAGUUUUGCUUUGGUCA